CGCUGAGGCCUCCGCUCUGGGAUCGUGAGGUCCCUACCUUUUUGUCAGUGGUAGCUGGGCUGAGUUCCUCGCGUGCAGGCCCUUCUGAGUUUUCUGGACGUACUCUCUGGAUCCUCAAUAAACUGGUGAUCGAUUUAGGGGAAAAGAAGCCUCACUGGAGAGCAGAGGCACUUUCUAGGCAGGAUUUUGCCUUCCCAUGAACGGCAUAACUCAGCACUCUGCAAAUUUCUAGAAGUUGGAUAAAAAAUGACCACAUUCAAGGAGGCGCUGACGUUCAAGGACGUGGCUGUCGUCUUCACCAAGGAAGAGCUGAGUUUGCUUGACUCUGCCGAGAGAAAGCUGUACCGAGAUGUGAUGCGGGAGAACUUCAGGAACCUUCUCUUAGUGGGGCAUCAAUCAUUCAACCAAGACACAUUCUACUCCCUCAGGGAAGAACAACUUUGGAUGACAAAGACAGCAACCCAUAGAGAAGGGAAUUCAGGAGGCAAGAUCCAAACUGAGUUGGAGACUAAUCCAGAAGCAGAAUCACAUGAAGAGUUGUCCUGCCAGCAAAUCUGGGAACAAAAUUCAAGUGACUUAACAAGGUCUCAAGACACCAUAAUUAAUAGCUCUCAGUUCUUCAAACAAGGCUAUGUCCCCUACCACAUUGAGGCAGGGCUAUCGAUUAUUCACAUAGGACAGACAACUUUCCAGGGUAAUGAGGAUAAACAAUCCUUCAAUGAUGUCUCCAUCUUUGAUCUUCAUCAGCAAUUAUACUCAAGAGAGAAGUCUCACACAUGUGAUGAGUGUGGAAAGAGUUUCCGUUAUAGAUCAGUUCUUCUUAUUCAUCAGAGAGUCCACAUGGGAGAGAAACUCUAUAAGUGUUAUGUGUGUGGUAAGGAAUUUAGUCAGAGCUCACAUCUGCAAACUCAUCAGAAAGUCCACACUGCAGAGAAACCAUUCAAAUGUGAGCAGUGUGGGAAAGGCUUCAGUCGUAGAUCAGGACUUAAUGUUCAUUGCAAAUUGCACACAGGAGAGAAACCUUACACUUGUGCAGAAUGUGGAAGGGCCUUCGUUCAUGCAUCACUGCUUCAGGAACAUCAGAGAAUCCAUACUGGAGAGAAACCAUUCAAAUGUGAGAUAUGUGGUAAGAACUUCCGCGUUAGGUCACGACUUAAUAGCCAUACCAUGGUUCACACAGGAGAAAAACCAUUCCGAUGUGAUACAUGUGGUAAGAGCUUUUAUCAGAGAUCAGCACUUAAUAGUCAUUAUGUGGUCCACACAGGAGAGAAACCAUUCCAAUGUAAUACAUGUGGUAAGAGCUUUCAUCAGAGAUCAGCACUUAAUAGUCAUUGUGUGGUCCACACAGGAGAGAAACCAUACAAAUGUGAAGAGUGUGGAAAAGGCUUCAUUCGUAGGCAGGAUCUUUUUAAGCAUCAUGUGGUCCACACAGGAGAGAAACCAUACAAAUGUGAGGAGUGUGGAAAAGGCUUCAUUCGUAGGCAGGAUCUAUUUAAGCAUUAUGUGGUCCACACAGGAGAGAAACCAUAUAAUUGUGAAGAAUGUGGGAAGAGCUUCAGAUGGUCCUCAAGUCUUUCAAGACAUCAGCGAGUCCACAGUGGAGAAAAACCAUUUAAAUGUGAAGAAUGUGGGGAGGUAUUUUAUACAAAUUCACAACGCUAUGCUCAUCAGAGGGCCCACAGUGGAGAAAAGCCAUACAAAUGUGAAGAGUGUGGGAAGGGCUACAAAUGGAGGUUGGAUCUUUACUCUCACCAGAAGGUCCACACGGGUGAGAAACUUUAUAAUUGUAAGGAAUGUGGGAAGAGCUUUAGUAGGGCCUCAUGUCUUUUGAAACAUCACAUAGUCCACACUGGAGAAAAGCCAUAUAAAUGUGAGGAGUGUGGUAAGGGCUACAACAGUAAGUUUAAUCUUGAUAUGCACCAGAGGGUCCAUACUGGAGAAAGACCUUAUAACUGUAAGGAUUGUGGGAAGAGUUUUGCCUGGGCUUCAUGUCUUUUGAAACAUCAGAGACUUCACAGUGGAGAAAAACCAUUCAAAUGUGAAGAAUGUGGGAAAAGAUUUACUCAGAAUUCACAACUUCAUUCCCAUCAGAGAGUCCACACUGGAGAAAAGCCAUACAAAUGUGAGGAAUGUGGGAAAGGCUUUGGCUGGGCCUCAACUUGUCGGACCCAUCAGAGACGACACAGCAAAACACCACUGAAAUGUGAGGAUUAUGGGAAGGACUACAUGCACAGUUUUUACUUUAAAGUCCAAGAUAAAGUUCAUAGUGUAGAAAAGCAAAAAUGUGAGGACUGUGUGAAGGGCUACAACCAGCUCUUGAAUCUUGGUACGUAUCACAGAGUCCACAUUGGAGAGAAACCGUACAAGUGUGGGGAGUGUGGUAUGUGUUUCAGUGUAGCCUUCAACUUCAUCAAAGUGUCCACACUGAAGAGAUACUUUAGUAAUGUGAUAGGUGUGAUAAACUCUUCAUUUUAGGACGGUGCAAUGGUUCACGCCUGUAAUCCUAGCAUUCUGGGAGGCCAACUUUGGUGGAUUGCCUAAAGCUGACAAGUUGUAGACCAGCCUGAGCCAGAGUGAGACCUCGUCUCUAAAAAAUACCUGGGCAUUGUUGCGGGCGCCUGUAGUCCUAGCCACUUGGCAGGGUGAAGCAAGAGAAUUGCUUAAGCCCAAGAGUUUAAUGUUGCUGUGAGCUGUGAAGCCAUGGCACUCUACCAAGAGUGAUAAAGUGAGACUCUGUCUCAAAAAAAAAAAAGUCUUCAUUUAUUCAUUUAUUUAUUUAUUUUUUGAGACAGAGUCUCAACUGGUCACCCUUGGUAGAGUGCUGUGGUGUCAUCAUAGCUCACAGCAACCUCAAACUCUUGGGUUCAGGCAAUUCUCUUGCCUCAGCCUCCCAAGUAGCUGGGACUACAGGCACGCACCACAGCGCCAACUGAGUUUAGAGAUGGGGUCUCUCCCUCACUCAGGCUAGUCUCAAACUCCUGAGCUUAGGCAAUUCACCCACUUCUGUCUCCCAGAGUGCUAGGAUUACAGGUGUGAGUUAUCACCGCCAGCAUCUUCAUUUGUUCUUCAUGAAUACAAAUCUCAUCUGAGAGUUCACAAAGGGGAAAAACAUUAACAUGUGAGAUGUGGUAGUCAAAGGGAUGUGAAUGCAAAUCUUCACUGAAAUGUGAGGAUUGUGGGAAGGACUUCCCUUGGAGUUCAUAUCUUAUAAUUUAUCACAGAAUCCAUGUUCUGUGAUCUGUUGAUCAAUUUUAUCCAGUCUUGUAAGAGAGCAAUUAUUUGUUAUGUUACAGUCAGUAUUUCUGCCACAGCUCAGCAUACCACUGUGGUCUCAGGACCACCAUAGUGGAGAAUCAUGCUAAGUGGUACAAUAAAGCUUCAUUCGGAAGUUUAAUGGCUGCAGUCAUUCAGGAGACAGGUCUUAGAAAGGUUGAGAAUUAGUUCAGCCAUUUACAAACUCUAAUGAUGAACACGCCAUAAUUUACAUCCACUAGAAUGUAAGCUACAUGUUUCUGCACUGCUGAAUCUUCAAGUUAAUAUUGAUUAGCCCUUCAUAUGUGGUUCAGUACUGUUUUUUUGUUUAUUUUUUGAGACAGAGUCUCAAGCUGUUGCCCUGGGUAGAGUGCCAUGGCGUCAUAGUUCACAGCAAGCUCAAACUCUUGGGCUUAAGCGAUUCUCUUGUCUCAGCCUCCCAAGUAGCUGGGACUAUAGGUGCCCACCACAACACCCAGCUAUUUUUUUGUUGUUGUUGUUGUUCCACUUGUCAGCUGCUGUUGUUAGCUGGCCCAGGCCAGGCUUGAACCUGCCAGCCUCAGUGCAUGUGGCCGGCGCCCCACCCACUGAGCUACAGGCAUCACCCCAGUACUUGUUUUUUAUUUCAGAAUAUUGUAGGGGUAGAAACAUUUUGGUUACAUGAAUUGAUUUUGUACAGUUUGACUCAAAGUUAUUAAGUGUGUCCAUCACCCAGAUGGUGUGCAUUACACCCAUCAGGUGUGAACUUAUCCAUCUCCUCUCCUACCUGUUUGAUUUUCAUUGAGUUUUACUUCGACAUGUACACACAAGUGUUGAUCGAUUAGCUCCAAUUUAAUAGCGAGUACAUGUGGGAGUUGCUUUUUUAGUCCUGUGAUACUUCCCUUAUUUUCGAUCCUGUGAUACUUCACUUAGAAGGAUGUUCUCCAGUUCUAUCCAGAUUGUUACAGAAGGUAUUGGUUCACCAUUUUUUAUGGCUGACUAGUACUCCAUGGUAUACAUAUACCACAUUUUAUUAAUCAGUAAUUAUUGAUGGGUACUCGGGUUGAGUCUAUCUCUUUUCAAUUGUGAACUUGUGCAUAAUAAACAUUCAAGUGCAAGUGUCUUUUUAAUAAAUGACUUUUUCCCCUUUGGUUAAAUACACAAUAGUGGGAUUGCUUGAUCAAAUGGUCAAUCUACUUUUAGAGAUUAUACUAGUUGGCAGUCCCACCAACAAUGUAUAAAUGUUCCUUGUUCUCCACAUCUACACUAGCAUCUGUUAUUUGGGGACUUUUUGAUAAAAGCUAUUCUCACUGGAGUAAGGUGAUAUCUCAUUAUGGCUUUGAUUUGUAUUUCCCUGAUGAUUAGAGACAUUAAGCAGUUCUUCAUAUGUUAUUGGCCUUUCAUCCAUCUUCUUUUUUCUUUAAUUUUUUUUUUUUUUGAGACAGAGUUUCACUUUGUCACCCUCAGUAGAGUGCUAUGGCGUCACAGCUCACAGCAACCUCCAACUCCUGGGCUAGGCAAUUCUCUUGCCUCAGCCUCCUGAGUAGCUGGGACUACAGGUGCCCACCAUAACGCCUGGCUAUUUUUUGCUGCAGUUUGGCCAGGGCUGGGUUUGAACCUGCCACGCUCAGUAUAUGGGGCUGGUGCCCUACUCACUAAGCCACAGGCACCACCCUCAUCUAUCUUCUUUUGAAAAGCUUCUGGUCGGGCGGCGCCUGUGGCUCAAGGAGUAGGGCGCCAGUCCCAUAUGCCGGAGGUGGCGGGUUCAAACCCAGCCCCGGCCAAAUAAAUAAAUAAAAAUUAAAAAAAAAAAAAAAGAUUGUUAAAAAAAAAAAGAAAAGCUUCUGUUCAUGUCUUCUGCCCACUUUUAAAUGGGAUUGUUUGAUUUUUUUCUUUUCUUUCUUUCUUUUUUUUUUUUUUUUGUCAUUUGCUUGAGUUCAUUGAAGAUUCUCAGAAUCCUUUUAUCAGUUCUAUACCAGGCAAAUAUUUUCUCCCAUUCAGUACGUUGUCCUUGGCUGUGCAGAAGCUUUUUAAUUAGGUUAGGUCCCAUUUACUUAUUUUUGUUGUUGGUAUAAUUGCUUUUGGAGUCUUGCAUAGCCACAUGUAGAAGACCGAAACAGGAUCUGCACCUCUUCCCACUCAAAAAUUAAUUCAUUUUGGAUGACAAUCUUAAACUUUAAGCAUGAAACUAUAGUAAUUAUAGAAGAAAAUUUUAGAAAAGCACUUACAGAUUUCAGGCUAGGCAAAGAAUUUAUGUUUUGUUUUUAUUUUAUUUAUUAUUUUUUUUAGAGACAGGGUCUCACUCUAGUGCUGAGGGACUUAUACUCUAAUACACAGCUCACAGCAACCUCGAACUCCUGGGCUUAGGCAAUUCUCUUGCCUCAGCCUCCCAAGAAGCUGGGACUACAGGUGCCCGCCACCACUCCCAGCUAUUUUUUAUUGCAGUUUGUCCGGGGCAGGGUUUGAACCCGCCACCCUCAGUAUAUGGGGCCGGCACCCUAACCACCAAGCCACAGGUGCCGCCCUAUGUUUUCUUUUUAAAUCAGAUGUUCUGAGCAGUAUCAAAUACUCAUUUGUUAAAUGAAUAAAGAAGAAACCAUACAAUAUUUUUUAAAAUGUGUCCGAAAGAGGAAACAUGCAAAAAAUAUUUCAACAAAACAUGAGUUGAAAUGACAAGUACACUCAAUACUGAGAUCCACAGGAUCGUUUUGAAUAUUAUUCUAUAGUACUGGGCUGCUGGCUUCCCCUCAUCCUCUGGUCAUGAGAGGUCUGGUAUAGAACUGAUAAAGAGAUUAUGAGAAUCUUCAAAAGUUAGUCUUUUCUUUCUUUCUUUCUUUUUUUUUUUUUUUAGGGACAGAGUCUCAAGCUGUCCCUCUAGGUGGAGGGCCUUGGCAUCAUAGCUCGCAGCAACCUCAAACUCUUGGGCUCAAGCAAUCCUCCUGCCUCAGUUGUUCUAUUUUUUUUUUUAAAGUAGAGACAGGGGUCUCACUUUUUGCUCGGGCUGGUCUAGAACCCAUGAGCUCAAGCUAUCCACCUGCCUCAGCCUCCUAGAGUACUAGGAUUAUAGGCGUGAGCCACCUCACCCAGCCUAAAGUUAGAUUCUUAUUAUUUGUGGCUAUGUAUAGUGUUUCAUUGGUAAUUUUUUCUCAUAGUAUAGGCUGAUAUGGUACUAUUGCAGUUAUGUGGGAGUGUGUAGUAUAGUUCAGGCUAUGCAUUUCUGAAGGGCUUGUUAACCAGAGUCCAAGUUCCUUAUACCCCUUGAGGCUAGCAAAAGCCUGGCGGUCUACACAAGAUGUCUCGCACCCGGCAGACUCAGGGCUAGAAUUCUGGGGGUCCUGUUGACCAUAGUUCAGGAUCCUGUACUCCCCUAUCAGGUGCUGCAAGGGGCCCAUUUAUUACCUGGUGGCUGAGAACAGAAUGUCUAGCAACCAAAGAUUAUUAUUGCCUGAGUCCUGCCUAAGCAUAGAUAGAAAUCACAGAAGCGAGUUAGGCAGGUUUAUCCCCAAUUUGUAAAGUAUAUGUUGUAAUUACAUGGUGUGCCUGCAUGAUUUUCCUUUCUUGAGGUGCUUUGCUUUGAAUAACUCGAAUUAAGUUUUUACAUUAUGUUGUCAACAUGAUUUAUGAUUUUUAAUCGAAUAAAAAGACCUAUGGGAUAAUGGACCACUGCUGCACUUCCUGGCUGCACUUGAGAUGCUGCUAGUUAUAGUGUAAGCCUCUCACAGGCUCCCAUUGGUUAUUUCAGCUGAGAUAACUGAGUCUGAGUUUUUCCUUGCGUCAAACUGCCCUCGGUGCAGA